GGCCCUGGACGAUUGGACCGGAGUGGAGUUGGGGUCCUUCAGGGCGGGGCAGCAACUGAGGGAAACUGAGAUGAACUCCGUACAUCUGUGCCUGGGGUCUGCUUCAGUCUUUGCUUUGGACAGGAGCCGGGUGGGAUGGGACAGAAUCUACACCUUCUGUUCCCACCCACCCUCCAGGAAAGCAGAGAAACCCCCCAGGUCCCCUUAAGGGAUGGGCAAAGGGGUGCUGCAGGGAACCCCUGAAGCAACUGCUCUAGCCGAUCGAAGCUCAAAACUGGGAAGGAAAGAAUUGGGUGAGGGUGAUAAACCACCUAUAAGUCGCCUUCCUCCCUCCUUUUCUCCACCCCCCCCCCUUUCGUAGCUGCUGACGCGCUGCUGGUGCCUGUUAAUCAUUCACCAGCCCACAGCAGCGGCAGUUAAUGGCUGUGCCGCGCGGGGCUCUAGUCUCCCGGCUUCCCCUCUCUGCGUUCGCGUGUGCCCAGGCGCCCUGGAGAGGCAAGCGGGUGCGCGCAGGCUUCCGCUGGGCGAUGCGCCCGGCCGGCGCGGGUGGAGCCGCGCUCCCUACAGCCGCUGAGCGCUUCCCCCAGGCGCCGGGUGGCAGUGAACUGCGGGCAGACCACCGGGGUGCGGAGUGAGGGCGCAAGCGGCGGGGGUGCAAGGAGAACGCCCCAGCCCGGGCAGCCCCAUUGGACCCCAUCAGCUGAGAUGUUCCCCAAUGGCACCGCCUCCUCUCCCUCCUCUCCUAGCCCCAGCCCAGGCAGCUGCGGCGAAGGCGGCGGCAGCAGGGGCCCCGGGGCCGGCGCUGCAGACGGGAUGGAGGAGCCGGGGCGAAAUGCGUCCCAGAACGGGACCUUGAGCGAGGGCCAGGGCAGCGCUAUCCUCAUCUCUUUCAUCUACUCCGUGGUGUGCCUGGUGGGGCUGUGUGGGAACUCCAUGGUCAUCUAUGUGAUCCUGCGCUAUGCCAAGAUGAAGACGGCCACCAACAUCUACAUCCUCAACCUGGCCAUCGCCGAUGAGUUGCUCAUGCUCAGCGUGCCCUUCCUGGUCACCUCCACGUUACUUCGCCACUGGCCCUUCGGCGCGCUGCUCUGCCGCCUCGUGCUCAGCGUGGACGCAGUCAACAUGUUCACCAGCAUCUACUGUCUGACUGUGCUUAGCGUGGACCGCUACGUGGCCGUGGUGCACCCCAUCAAGGCAGCACGCUACCGCCGGCCCACUGUGGCCAAGGUGGUGAAUCUGGGUGUGUGGGUGCUGUCGCUACUCGUCAUUCUGCCCAUCGUCGUCUUCUCGCGCACGGCGGCCAACAGUGACGGCACGGUGGCCUGCAACAUGCUCAUGCCCGAGCCCGCCCAGCGCUGGCUUGUGGGCUUCGUGUUGUACACAUUUCUCAUGGGCUUCCUGUUGCCCGUCGGGGCCAUCUGCCUGUGCUACGUGCUCAUUAUCGCCAAAAUGCGCAUGGUGGCCCUCAAGGCCGGCUGGCAGCAGCGCAAGCGCUCGGAGCGCAAGAUCACCCUGAUGGUGAUGAUGGUGGUGAUGGUGUUUGUCAUCUGCUGGAUGCCUUUCUACGUGGUGCAGCUGGUCAACGUGUUCGCAGAGCAGGACGAUGCCACGGUGAGCCAGCUGUCGGUCAUCCUCGGCUAUGCCAACAGCUGCGCCAACCCCAUCCUCUAUGGCUUCCUUUCUGACAACUUCAAGCGCUCUUUCCAGCGCAUCCUUUGCCUCAGCUGGAUGGACAACGCCGCCGAAGAGCCAGUCGACUACUACGCCACGGCCCUCAAGAGCCGCGCCUACAGCGUGGAGGACUUCCAGCCCGAGAAUCUGGAGUCCGGCGGCGUCUUCCGUAAUGGCACCUGCACAUCACGAAUCACGACUCUCUGAGCCCAGGCCACGCAGGAUCCUUGCGCCAAGAGGAGAGGAUGAGGAGAAAGAGGGGCCGGGUGUGAGAGAUGAAAGUGUCCCAGGCGUCAGGGUGCGAUGAGGAAAGUGGGGCUAGGACACUGUGCGCUUCCGGUGAAGAACCCGGGAGAGACGCGUGACAAAGAUAGAGUCGGACGCUUUGUUUAUAAACAGGGACGGCUUCCGGGCCCCUUUCAACUCGGUCUCCUACUUUCGCUCCUUCCUCCACCCCGCUUGCACUUCUGCACCCCUCUCUGCUCCCCACUCUGCGAUGUUGGUCUUUCAGCCCCGUCCUGCCGGUGCAGUUCAGGGAUUUAUUAAUGUCGCCGACUCAGCCCGACCCUCAGCCCCGCCAGUUGUUAUUUCUGUUUAAGCUGAGCCACGGCCACCACCACGGAUUUCCCUCAGGGCAAGUCCCCAGCUCGCCCUCAGCCCCGCCCUGCCGCGCCCCCUCGCUCGCCAGAUUCUGACUGACGCCCCUAGAGGAGUCUCAAGAACCACCGCUCUCCGUCUCCUCAGCCCUCCUUUAAGGGAAGUCGGACUUGGGAAGGACCUGGGCGGCCGGUCUUUCUCCUACUCUCGGGUGAAGGCGCGCCCUUCCCCGAGCUCCUCCACCCCCACUCCACCAAGAGCGGAGCCAGGUGCUUAGUAAAAUCGGUCCCGCGCUUCGAACCCCGGUCCAACCCCUUAUCCAAACCCUGCCUUUGGAGCAAAAGGGAGCUGAGAACAAGCAACUUUUUUUUUCUUUUCUUAACGAUUCCGGGAUUUGGGAAGGGGGAGAAGGGCUUGUGAUGGAAGCCACCCUCCGCCCGGUUCACAAACGGCGCUUUUGAUUUCAAAUACCAAUUCUCCGGGCACUCCCGGGACGCUGGACCGCGUUAGGCCAGGCAGGACAGGACGCACCUUCCCCACGAGCCGCCCGGGUGCGUGGCUGCAGCUACACUAGGCUUUCUCCCUCGCCCAAGCUCUGCAGGUGCAGAUCCAAGAGAAACAAGGGGCACCGGGGCCAGGACCUCGGGUGACGCCCUCCGAGUCUCGCUUGGCCAAUCUGGACCGCAGUGCUGCCGCCUGCUGGCUAGAGAGCGCGGCCCGCCAGGCCCCUGAGGGCUUCUGUCUUUCAAGCGGUGCCUAAGAAGUUAUUUUCUUGCUUCACAUAUUUAUUUAUUUAUUUAUUUGUGGUAUUUGAAAAACGUGUCUCUGCUUUCCCUUUCUCCACUUUCCUAGUCCAGGGCCUUUUCUUCAGGAGGACACGGGGGGUUGGGCGGGCGUGGCGUGGCGGUGGCAGUGGGGGAAAGCUCUCUCCUCAAGGCCCCCUCAAAACUUCUCCUCUUUGCUAGGCCCUCUUUACUUAUCCCUUCCUCUAGCCUUUCUAUUUUUUGCUUGUGUCCAGUGAAGUUUGGAGAUUUCUUCACACUUUUCUUAUGUAGUCUUUUGUCUUACAAUAAAUGAUAAUGUGGGUUAGCCUUCUCCCAUGCAGAGUGGAAAGUCUUGAACGCCUAGCUUUCAGCAUCACCUAUAUAUGAUUUGAAUAUAUAUUAUAUACUAUAUAUAUUCAAAUCAUAAUAGAUCCACAUACUAUAUAUAUUUGUUUAUCUUGCUCCCUUGUCAUGAGUCCAUGAGACAGUCGCCAGAUGCAGUCACUAGCAGUGACAGGUGUGAGACUGGCUAGAACAUUUCAAGAUAUGAGGGUUGAGGCAGCCCUCAAACUUGAAAUUUAGAGAUCUGAUUCAGACAGACUUUAAUCAGUGCUGAGGAUGUCCCUGCCUCCUCUAGUUUCAGGCAUAUGUGAUUCUAACACACAAUCUAGUUAACAUCAUCACUUCUUUCAAAGACAGUGAAAGUAGAGUAAUUUGUGUCUGUUUAAUCUGACCAGCUACACUGGAAGCCUGAGUAGGGCAAGGACCAGUCAUUUUACUUCUUUGUAUUUCCUGUAUUGCUUUAGUAUGCUGGAGUGUACAUAGUAGGCACUACAUACAUAUUUGUUGGUUAUCUGUUUAAGUAAACCAGAGUGUAUUACAAUUGGGAAAUACUAAAUCUGGGGUUCUCAGGCUCCCUCACUGACAUGAUACACAAUGGUUGCAAUCACUAUGGAAACAUGUUUUGUGUAUAGUUACUUCAAGAAGAUCGUGCUUUCCUGAAAGCAGUAAGCAAGAGUUAAAAUGCUCCCUAACGUUUUGUUUGAACUAAUGCACAAAUAUGCUUUGGUCAUAAAUCUGAAAGUUUAGAUCUGUCAUUUAAUAAUAAUGCAUAUUACUACUCCUUUGGAAAACAGAUUUUUAAUGGUUAAGAACAGUGAAAUUUACAAAUCAAAAUCUUGAUCAUUAUCCUCUUAAGAGGACAUGAAUCUAGUGCUCUUAAUCUGUUACCACUGUAAUAAUAACUAAAUAAACAAAUGUAUUAUGUUGUUGCAAGUUGUCUGAAUUUGCCAUUUGAAUUUUACUGUUUCAACAGAUUACUUAAACACACAGGCAUAUUGGCUUGGUUGCUCUAUGUUUCACUUAGAUUUUAAGAAGAAAGUUUUCAGAUUACCUUUAGACUGAGGUUAUACCUUGAAUUUUUUUGUUGUUGUUGUUGUUUGUUCAGAGAGAGAACUUUGAGUCAACCUGAAUAGGAAGCAGCGUACUUGGCUGCACUCUUUAUGGUUUGCUGUUGUCACCAAACUAACUAGAUGAUGUCUCAGUCUCUCACAGAUUAAAUUACUGUCUGCCCUCAUUUAUGACCUGAGACUUUGUUGUGGGAACUAAGUAAUUGUUAAUUUACAUCCCAGGGAAAGAUAAAUGGAAGAGGGGAAAAAGUGAUCUCCUAAAGAUGUUUCAGAGGUCAAUGGGUAAAGGAAAUAUAAAAAUCAGAUUUCAAAAUAAAAGAAG